ACUUCGUCAAUUUGGUGCAGUACGGUGUACGUGCAUUUUUCGGGCUCAAGCACUCCGUCUUUGAUUGCCAAGAAUUUGAGGAAAUUUCUCCAAUUAAAAAGGACUACCCCCUGGACUACCAGCAUUGUUGCAUCACAUAAAGGAAGUCACUAUUAGAGCAGUACCCUCACACAGUGCUACCCUCACACAGUGCGCGGCUAGACAAGCUUCACAUAUCAAGUUGACGAGCCGGGAUCCUCAUCUACCCACGUUUUUGUUUGUAGCUGGUGCAAGUAUUGGAGCGGUUAACGCUAAGAACUUCAAGAAUGAAUCCGGGCUACUUCGAAAUGCUCCUGCAAGUUAUCAUUAAAAUCUUGGACUAAUAGUCUCCGAACAAGUUCCCUGAAAAAAAGGGUGAACUUGACGAAAACAUUGUGUAGAUACUUUGUAGGUUUAGACCUACUGCAAGAAAACUAAACUUGACAUCGGUUGCAUUGCCAUCUUAAGUCAGGCUUCCCUUUAUCACAAGUCGCUUCCAAUAGAAGCCCUCCUCAAGUCAGUCCAGAACUCCUGAAGAGAAAAUUAUGUCGACAAUUCCAGGUGGUUGCUUUGUUGCCCCAGAUAGCCUUCGACGUCUCAACCAGAAGCAACAUGCCCGCCAAGCCAAGCAGCAGCAGGCCAGUGGUGGACCCCAAUCACCUCCCCUCUCUCCCCCUCUCUCACCCCCUGCAGAAGUUCCUACAUCACCCUCACUGGCCAAGUUUAUCACAAGUAAGACAUUUUGGACUUUUUUUGUAUGGAAUUCGUGGAAAACAUGCGCAGACUUUUACGUACCAGAAAUCGGAUCCUUUGAUGAUGCUCCCUUGAGAUUCUCCGAGAUGUUUUCUCGUUCUCGCAGCUCCAGUACUCCUCCUGGUACCCCGCCAUUGUCACCGUGUAUAUCGCCACGUAAAUUUCCUGGUUACCUGGACGGAGAGACUCCACCGCCGUCUCCUUUCUUAUCACCACGGAAACAGUCUCCGCUCAAGCCUCCAUUUGUAUCUCCUCUUAGCAAGGACGCCGAGUCCGGUGUAGAAACAAUUGAGGCCAAGUCUAAUCGGAACAGUCUGUCUCAGUCAUUGUGAGUGAGUGCAGGGGUGAGUUAGACUUCUCUCAAGGAGUUAGGGUUCGACAGUAGUAAGUUAGGAUGAGGUAUAAGAGGUUUCUUAGUUGGCGUUAUUGUUCAAAUAACAACAAUAAUAAUAAUAAUAAUGAAUACUUGUAAAGCGCCGUAAAGCAUGACACUCAUUGCGCAUUAAAGAGAAGAAAAAAAACGUAAUUCAAACAGAAAAAUGAUUAUUGAACAAAUGAGUUUUGAGUGAAGAUUUGAUGAAGAUUAUAUGUUGCAGGUUGACUCAAAAAAUUGCACUGAGAAAAAUUCACUCCCUUCAACUAAGAGACCUGUGAAAUCAAAUUCCAUUUGUAAACUCUUUGCCAGUAGUAUUUUCUUCUCUUUUAGCAUUUUGUAAUUUUCUCCAUUAUUUCAUGUUUAUGACUAGAGUUGUCAAUGUACAUUUUGUUCAAAAUAUCAUUAAGCUUUUAAGGCAAAAGCUGAACUUUUCUUAUUAAAAAAUUUUCUGAAAUUUUGCCUUUAAAGGGAAAUAUUAUUGUCUUAUAAAACCUAAGACAAGGUGGAAAAAUAAUAUUUCCAUUAUUAGCUGUUCUUUGAAAAUAAUGAUGCCCCAUUGGCAAAUGACAUCUUCCUAGAGCACAUUUGAAUCUUAACUUGUGGUGAUUUUAACUUCAUGGUGUAGUGGGAUAAAAUUGCCGGAUAAUUAUUUGUACAAUUUUUUUUUUUAUAACCAAUAACCAAUAAUUAAUAACCAUCCCAGCACAAGAUGAGCCAAUAAGGAACCUCCUUUUGGCUUUAAGCAGAGGGCGCGUUAAUACAAAUAACAUUAGUGCAUAAAGCUGUGUCUGAAAAACGGCAACUUCGACUACAUCUACAGCUAGAUCAGCACGUCUGCGAGUGUUGAAGAAUAGGCAGACGUGCUGAUCUAGCCGUAGCUGUAGCCUGAGUCGUCAUUUUGGACACGGCAUAAGGUCUAUUAGUGACUGUCUGUUGCUAAGUGCGUUGGGUAGCCUAUGCCUCAAUGCAUGUGAAGUAGUGCCCAGGUCAAAAUUCCAGUUGAACCCAGUUAACUGGGGUCAACUGGUUCAACUGGAAAGUGACUAAACUCGUCCA